GUCCAGUCCCUCGCAGGCCACUGUGGAGCUCAGAUCACAAUGUUGACAGAGAUUAUAUAAGGUUUGAAAGAGUGAAUAUUGAAAGGAAGAGUGAUACAAAAUUAUAAAAUUCUAAUGUGGUCUUUUUUUUUUUUUUUUUUCAACUGAAGAGAAACUGAAACCAAAACAGUCAGAUUUGAGAUUUGUGCGUGUUUUUUUUUGUUUGUUUGUUUUGUUUUGUUUUAAAUAAUUGACAAACACUGAACUGAACUGCUGUAGGUUUGUUUGUUUGCUCAUUUAUACAAGUUGGAGUUGGAGAGGAAUAAAAUAGUUAUUAGAAAGAACACUGAACACAUCAUACCAAAAUGAAGUUCUUCCUGCUGCUUUCCCUCAUGGGGCUGUGCUGGGCUCAGUAUGACCCACAUACUCAGUACGGGCGGACUGCUAUUGUCCACCUGUUUGAGUGGCGCUGGGUUGAUAUUGCCAAGGAAUGUGAGCGAUACUUAGCUCCCAAAGGAUUUGGAGGGGUGCAGGUCUCUCCACCCAAUGAAAAUCUUGUAGUCAACAAUCCAUCAAGACCAUGGUGGGAAAGAUACCAACCAAUUAGCUACAAAAUAUGCUCAAGGUCUGGAAAUGAAGAUGAAUUCAAGGACAUGGUGAAUAGGUGCAACAAUGUUGGUGUCCGUAUUUAUGUGGAUGCUGUCAUUAACCACAUGUGUGGAGAAGGGGCUGCAGCAGGAACAAGCAGUACAUGUGGCAGUUAUUUCAAUCCACAAAACAGGAUGUUUCCUGGUGUUCCGUACUCUGGUUGGGACUUUAAUGAUGGAAAAUGUAGAAGUGCAAGUGGAGGCAUUGAAAACUACAAUGAUGCUGCUCAGGUGAGAGAUUGCCGUCUGACUGGCCUUCUGGAUCUUGCACUUGAGAAAGAUUAUGUCCGUACCAAGAUAGCUGACUAUAUGAACCAUCUCAUUGACAUUGGUGUAGCAGGGUUCAGACUUGAUGCUUCUAAACACAUGUGGCCUGGAGACAUAAAGGCAGUUUUGGAUAAACUGCAUAAUCUAAAUACAAAAUGGUUCUCUCAAGGAAGCAGACCUUUCAUUUAUCAAGAGGUAAUUGAUCUGGGUGGUGAAGCGGUGUCAAGUAGUGAGUAUUUUGGAAAUGGCCGUGUGACAGAAUUCAAAUACGGAGCAAAAUUGGGCACUGUUCUGCGCAGAUGGAAUGGAGAGAAGAUGGCCUACUUAAAGAACUGGGGAGAAGGUUGGGGUUUCAUGCCUUCUGACAGAGCCCUUGUGUUUGUGGACAAUCAUGAUAAUCAGCGAGGGCAUGGGGCUGGAGGAGCAUCUAUCCUGACAUUCUGGGAUGCUAGACUGUAUAAAAUGGCUGUUGGAUUUAUGUUGGCUCAUCCUUACGGAUUCACACGAGUAAUGUCAAGUUACCAUUGGCCAAGAUAUUUUGAGAAUGGAAAAGAUAUUAAUGAUUGGGUUGGACCACCAAAUAACAAUGGAGCAACAAAAGAAGUGACCAUAAAUCCAGACACUACUUGUGGCAACGACUGGGUCUGUGAACAUCGAUGGCGGCAAAUAAGGAACAUGGUUGCCUUCAGAAACGUAGUCAAUGGUCAGCCUUUCUCAAACUGGUGGGAUAAUGGCAGCAACCAAGUAGCUUUUGGCAGAGGAAACAGAGGAUUCAUUGUCUUUAACAAUGAUGACUGGAUUUUAUGACAUGAAGAACUAGAGCUACUCAGUUUUUAAAGUGCUGUGAAAAAGAAGAGAAAACAUGAGAAAAGAAUGCCCAUUCUUUAAACACAUCUCCAACCCAUGUGUAUGUGUGUGCCUGUGAUGUGUGAGUAUCACACCAAAAGCUAACCUCUUGAAAUGUUUCUUUCUUCUUUAUUAUCUUACCUCAUCACUGCAAGAGAUUGUAGAGAUUCAACUCAACUGAAAGAGAGCAAAAGAGGUUAUUUCUCAAAGUGUUAUGAAAAAGAAUAAGAAGGAAAGUACAGAUAGUUGAGACAUCAGACAUAGUCCUAAAAUAACCCUGGGUAAAUAUAUAAAGAAUUAACCACCAAAUAUAAUCUACAUGAGAAAUAAGAGGUAACUAGGAAAAGAGAGACAAAAACUUCCAAGUAUACAGCACAGAAUAUACUGCAUGUUGAACCUGAGGCACUGAUAGGGACUGGUUAAAUAUAAGUAACUCAAAGUUUGUGUGACAUGACAACGGAGGAAAGAAUUGCAGGGAGAGGUUUCAGACACAGGCUUCGUAGUUUUAUUAAGAUAUUUGGUAUUUUACCUUAUGGCAAAUGUCAAUCUACAAAUGAUAUUUUAAAGCUUAAUUUUGCUGACAGUACAGGUUCUCUUAUUUGAAAAUCAGUCAAGUUCAAGUUAGAGAAUGGAUGUUUGGAAGAAGGGCUAAACUCAGUGUAUUUGUUGUAAUCAGAUACACCUAACAAAAAAAAAUCACAAAAGGUAAUUUUUAAAUGAAAAUUUCAAACAAUAAAUUUAUCUGUAGUUUACA